AUGGCUAGUGCCGAUCAAAUUCUGUCGAUCGAUAAGUCCGUAGGAGUUACUAAAUACUGCAGGGAUAAAGAAAGAUUAAUCACAUCCGAAGAAAUUGAUGAAUAUUUACUGAUUAACGCUGAAAUUGAUUCAAUGCUGAUGAUGGAAUGUCGUUUUUGUUCGUACAGCAACGACAAAGAGGAGAAACAAACAAAAGUUUGGUAUUAUCAGGACCGAUAUAGAGAAAUUCCAGAGAAAGUGGUCGAAUUGGGAAUGGAGAAUAAUAUGUCAUACAACAGAAUCUACACCACUCCCGAGCUUUCAUUAGUGAUUAAACAUUUUCAAGCUACAGACGGUGGCAUUUACUUAUGCCACGGAGAGGAAGGCCAAGAAGCUGAAAACAAAUUCAAUUACAGAAUCGAACCUGUUUUCAAAGACCAUAUCUCUAUGCACACGGAGCAAGGAAACAUAACAGAAUGGGAAAAAUACCGCGAAAUCUACCUGGCGGCGAUUACCACACGGUUUGCCGUCUCUCAAAUGUCGGAGUUGAUUGAAAUUCGAGACGUUGGAAUCACGCUGCAUGUAAUUUCUGAAUGGACACCGUGGAGCCUGUGCGAGCAUUGUAUAGGCAGUCGUGGCUAUAAAUCAAGCGUCGGAAAAUGUCGAUUAAAGCGCUUAAUAAACACGGUGAGAAGGGACAGCGAUUCGUCGAUAGUCAAAUUCUUCUGGAAAUCUCCUCUAUUGCCUUGCAAAUCCACUUUGUUGGAACGCGAGUUUCCCGGCGUCAGUACAGCGGUACGACACCUGCCAGACUUUAUCUUGAAGGAGCCGUGCAAAAAGUGUACAAAAGCUAGCAGAAGAAAAGGCAGAAAGUUCAGAUACAUCAAACGAUUCGUGCUCACAGAAGGAGCUUACCUAACCGUCGUUUGUCCGGAAUCGAGCUUGGAUACGCAAGUAUCAUGGAAAAAGGAUUCAAUUACAUUGGAAAAAGGUGUCCGUCGAUCUUUUCGCAAAUUGGAUCCGACCGCUCAUGUGGUCGUCGACGUGUUCGGGACGCUUUAUUUGAUAGAUGUUUCCACCGACGAGGGAGGAAACUACACGUGCAGCGUCGAUAAUGUGAACAUGAUGCAACUGAAAAUCGUUGUCGUUUCCAAUGCUAGACUCUUGACGCAAGAGUUUUUGCGACACUUGGGAUAUUUGGGAUUCGUGUUCUUCCUUUGCUCGAUUUGCUAUUGCAGCGGCUUGGUUCGUACGUACCGCAGAAGACACCAAUUUCAGCAACGAACUUCUUUCAAGAAAACAGUAAAGGAAGGGGCAGAAGAAGAGGAAGAACCGCUAGUUGCCAAUGAAAACUGAUACAGUAUAAUACUAAUCUAUUUCACAUCGACGACGGAUAUAUUACAACAUAUUUUGUUGACAUUGCAUUCCACGUUUAUUUACCGACCGAGUCUUUCGCUCUGCAGCGAUUUCCUCCGUUCAAUCUUCUCGAACACGUUGA